AUGACUAUUUGGCAUCAAGAUCUGCAGAAGAGGCUAAUCAGCCAGCAAGGAUAUCCCAGUAAGAAUUAUGAAGUGGUCACUGAAGAUGGGUACAUCCUAACUGUCAACCGAAUUCCACAUGGCAUUAAGAAUCAGUCUGGAGAGAAUAAACCAGUGGUAUUAUUACAGCAUGGCCUGCUUAUGGAUGCCAGCAACUGGGUCACAAACUUCAACUACAAUAGUCUGGGCUUCAUCCUGGCAGAUGCAGGUUAUGACGUGUGGAUGGGAAACAGUCGGGGUAAUACCUGGUCUAUGAAGCACAAGACUCUGUCCCCUGCAGACAGCGAAUUCUGGGCUUUUAGUUAUGAUGAGAUGGCAAAGAAAGAUCUUCCUGCAGUGAUAGAUUUUAUUUUGCAAAAAACAGGCCAGACGCAAUUGUACUACAUUGGCCAUUCACAGGGCACUACUAUGGGAUUCAUUGCAUUUUCUACCAUUCCAGAACUGGCAAGUAAAAUUAAAUUAUUUGUCGCUCUUGCUCCUGUGGCUACUGUUAAAUAUCCUAUUGGUCCUGCUGCAGCUGCCAGAUCCUUACCAACUUAUUUAGUUAAGCCAUUGUUCGGUGAUAAGAUGUUCAUGCCACAGCCAAGAAUUACUAAGCUCCUUUCCAAUAGAUUUUGCAACCAUAAUCUACUGGACGUACUAUGCGGCAACUUCUUCUUCCUCCUGUGUGGGUUUAAUGAACAGAACCUAAACAUGACUCGUGUCAAUGUAUAUGUUUCCUAUUUUCCUUCCUCAACCUCUGUGCAAAAUAUGGAACAUUGGUUACAGGCUUCCCACACUGGGAGACUGCAGGCUUUUGACUGGGGCUUUCUAGGCAAUUUGAAGCGUUAUAAACAGAACACUCCCCCUUUGUAUGAUGUAACAAAGAUGACUGUCCCCACGGCUCUUUGGAGCGGAGGAAAUGACUUUCUUGCUGACCCGCUGGAUGUAAAGUUAUUGAUCCGUAAAAUCAAGAACUUGGUCUAUCAGGAAGAGAUACCAAAAUGGGAGCAUCUAGAUUUCAUAUGGGGUAUUGAUGCUCCACAAAAGUUAUACACGCACAUCCUUAACUUUCUGAAAAGGCAUGCAUGAUCUCUCAAUUCAGUAAUUUUGUCCAAUUACACAAGCACUUGUUACAUUGACUGUCAAGCGUGUGUGUGUGUGUGUGUUGGUUUUUUAGGUUAUGA